UUAAAUUUACAAUUAAGAAAUGAAUAAUGCACCUCACGCACUUGACCGAUGCUUAUCCACGCGAUAGAAUUUUUCUAAAAGAGAUCCGUUUCUUUGAAAACAAAAAAAUCAAAUUUUUUGCACUGUGGAACGAUUUUCUUUUUAAACCAGGUAAUUUUGAAUAUCAGCUAAUGUGAUAGAAAAUAGUAAUAUUAAUAAUUUUAGGUGAACUAAUCGUCGCAAGUUUCGCGAAUAUCAAUACAUGUAUGUAUAAUAUAUCAGGAUCUAAAAUAGUAUGCGUUGCAAAUGUGGCUCGAAGAGAAAGCUUGACCAGGCUAAUAUCCAAUUCGGUAAUUCAAACUUAAGAAUCAUCCGAGAUAUGUGUGUUGCACAUACAUACGAUGUGUAUUACAAAGAAUAUGCAGGUCAAAAGUGCGAAAAAAAACGCGCAAGCCAAAAAAAAUAUGAGCGAUCAUUGAGUUGUAUAAAUUAUAAAUGCAAAAAAAAAGAUCCUCCACCUAAUUCGAAAAUCAUGUUCGAAAAAUGCACUCCUACUAUUGCUUUCUUUGUUCUUGUUUUGAGAUUAUUUUCUUUUAAUAAUAUAUUUUAUUUUUAUUUAUCCUAAUAUUUUUUUCUUUUAAUUCGUGGGCAAUUGUGUUCACGUCCAAUCAAGUGUUGAGAUAUAGAUUGUGAUCUGCCCUCUUAUUGUUAGUUUAGUUGGUUUUAUUUAAGUUAAAGCCCAACGCGCCUCUUUACAAGUGAGCCGGGCAUGAAGAGCAGUUCGUAUAAUUGUUUCAUAUUACAUUUGUCGUCCACUGCGUCAUGUUACGUAGGUAUGUCAGACUGAUGUAGGACGCGAUCAAGGGAGUAAAGAGCUUUCAAAAUCAAGUAACGGGCGAUGUGCUCAAAGUAUAAAGACCACUAAAAACGUAGAAUAAAUUUUUUAAAUUCACUCGUGUAUUUAAUUUAAUCGAAGAACUGCAUAGUUUUUUCAUCGCUAAAAUAAUAUAUCUGAAUAUAAAGUGAAGAAAUUUUUAUUGUAAAUUGAAAAUAAAAAAAUAUAAGACAAUUAAAAAAAAGGACUAAUAAAAGAUAAUAUGGAAAUCAACGAACGGAAUAAUCGUUUGAAAAAAAUGUGGGAACGGUGCAAGGCUUUUUUACUCAACGUUCAUUUGAAUACCGACCAAAUAUUCUAUCGGAUAGGGUUGAGCAUCGGAAGGAAACCGUGGCUUUGGCUGAUCAUAUCAUUUUGCAUAAACGUGAUUUGUGGACCGGGACUUAUAUUUUGGGCAGAGGAGCUUGACGAGGUUGAGCUUUUCAUGCCAAUGGAUUCCAUUGUCAGAGCGGACGCCUCGUGGGUCAAAGAACACUUCAAAGACGAUCUCAGAUAUGAGAGUAUUAUCAUUACUGCUCCAAAUGUGUUUGAUCCACAGGUUUUACAAGCUAUAAACGACAUAGAGGAUGCUGUCAAGCAUAUCGUUGUCAGUAACGCCACAUGGCACGACGUGUGCGCAGGAUACUUAACAUGGUUUGAAGAUGACGAAGGUACAGUGGAUCUCACCGAGAUAGAAUUUUCUAAAGAAAUAAUGGGCAAUUUAAAUACAACUGUUGCAAAUGACUGCCUAUAUCAAUCACUUCUGAAAUUGUGGAGCCCUGAUAAGAGAAAAAAUUUCAACAACACCAGCAAAGAAUCAUUGCUCACCGACAUCUCUGCUGCAUUAAAUGAUAAAAACAAGAAAAAUAUGCUCAUGGAUGUUUCUCUAUUAUUAUCGGGUGUGGAAUACGAUAGUUCUGGAAACGUAACAGGUGCUAAGGCAACAAUCCUGAAUUGGUUGUUAAAAAAAUCAAAUCCUCAAUCCCCAGAUUGGGAAUUGGAGUUCAUUGAACAGGUGCUCUACUCAAAUCGGACAUUACCUGAAGGAAUGGCAGUGUACGCAGUUGCAACAAGAAGCUUUCAGGACUUCAUUCGUCAAGUGCUCAACAAUAACAUGACUACUCUAUUUUGUGGCCUUUCGUUGAUUAUUGUCUACAUUAUCCUAAUGAUAGGAAGGUGUAACAUUGUCCAACAGAGAAUUUACCUGUCGAUAAUCGGUGUUUCCGUUGUUGGACAAUCAAUCCUCUCUGCCUAUGGGAUCUGCUACUACAUGGGUUAUUUUUACGGGCCAAUUCACCCGAUACUGCCGUUCUUAUUGUUGGGCAUAGGAGUCGACGACAUGUUUGUGGUGAUGCAGAGUCUCGAUAAUGUCACAAAGGCCGAAAAGCCAACGGAUCUAACGGAGAGGAUAGGUAGAGCACUGCAGCAGUCAGGGAUGUCUAUAACCGUUACAUCUGUAACAAAUAUAGUGGCCUUUGCAAUUGGUGUAACAACUGUGAUGCCCUUCCUGGAGUCAUUCUGCAUGUUUGCUACAAUGGGAAUUUUAUUUCUCUACAUUUAUGAGAUCAUAUUUUUCGUUGCCUGUCUAGUCUACGACGAAAGAAGACUCGAACGUCUUAAAGAUGGGUGCUUUUGUCGCCCGCAGCCUAAUUGGGUACCGAAUGAAUGCAGUAAAAAAAAUAUGCAACAGAUGAUAUUCGAACGGUUUUUGGGACCCUUUCUUACAAGAACUCCUGUUAAAGUGGCCGUUCUUUUUCUCACCGGGUUUAUUCUAGGAUCGAAUAUCUGGGGUCUCUGUCAGCUGGAGCAGCAUUUCGACCCAACUUGGUACUUAAAUCAGGAUUCUUAUCCGAUACUAUUCAACAAUAAACUCAAAGAGCAUUUUCCAAAAUACGGUAAACGAGCUGGGAUUUAUCUAGGAGGUGUUGACUAUUACAAGGAUCAUGAGGCUCUCGUGAAUCUUACAGAUGCCUUGAAUAUGAAUCCAUACAUUAAUAAUCAAACUAUUGACUGUUGGUUCAUUGCUUAUGACAAAUGGCUCAGGGUCGAAAACAAAGAACCUGAAGACAAUGACGAAUAUUAUGGCUAUUUGACGGAGUAUUUACUGUUAACAAAGGAGGGCCAGGGAUAUAUCAAAGACAUCAAAUUCAAUAGAAUACCUAUUGGGGAAUACAAUAUUACGACUUCGCAGAUACAGUUACAACACGUCUUGAUUAACACUACAUCAGAUCAAAUUCGAGCUAUGGAAUUAAUAAGAGAUUCAAUAAACUCUGUGAAUUUCUCGAAUGGAAAUGAACACAUAGCAGUAUUUUCUCCGGAUUACGUAUCGUGGACCGCAAAUAAGAUUAUCGGAGAAGAAUUGAUAAGAAAUUUGGGCCUAGAAAUUCUGGCUGUAGGUGUGGUGACGAUAAUAUUGUUGCGAAAUUUGGAAGCGUCAUUCUGGGUAAUUUGCUGCGUAUUAUUUACACUCGUUGAUCUAUUAGGGUCCAUGUAUUACUUAGGUUUGACCAUAGAAAUAUCGUCAAGUAUUAUGGUUCUGCUUUGUGCUGGACUCGCGGUAGAUUACGCGGCUCACGUUGGACUGGAAUUUACCCGAAUGAAAGGAACGAAAAAUGAAAGGGCUGUAGCUACACUAAGCGUUAUUGGACCAGCUGUAUUUAAUGGUGGUCUUAGCACUUUUUUAGCAUUUGUGCUACUUGGUGCCAGUGAGUCGUACCUAUUCAGUACCUUUUUCAAGCUUUUUACGUGUGUCGUGGUGUUUGGUCUCUUUCAUGGCCUCUUUUUUCUGCCUGUGAUACUCAGUUUAUUUGGGCCAAGAGAAGCAAAAACUGAAAUCGUUGGAGAGAUUAAGUCAGACCAGCAGAUUCCCAUGAAUAAUAAAAGCUCAAGUACAGACGUGGAGCAACAGGAUUCAAUAAAGACUGCGUAGUACAUGUUAAUGGAUACGAACGAGCACAAAA